CGUGGAAAAUGCAUUCCUCGUCUGCGGCGUCGAGUGCGCUAGUGGAAUAUUCCGACGUUAGCUCGGAGGAUUUUUCGGAUCCUGAAACUGGAGAAAUCGACUCGGAUGCUGCAUUAGCUGGCCGAGGAGCAGCUAUAUUAAACGCUUCCAAUCGAAAACCGGAAAAUCAGAUAAGAAAACAAAAUUGUGAUGCUGUUUUACGCAUUACCAAGAACAAUGACUUCAGAAAAAAACGCAAUGAUGAGAGUGAGGAUAUGGGCUCGAUUCUUGCAGUCGGUUCAAGAUCACGGCAAGUUUCAGUUGUUGCCAGCAGUGGCAGUAGGGUAAGCAUCGGCUCUGUCCCCGAGAAACAGAAUCAUCAUCACCGCAGCGAAGUCAGUCUGACGCCAGCCAAGAGCUCAAAAGAGGAACAAUGGGAUCAGGAGCUCUACAUGUCUAGUGAUACGAUAGACACGGAUGAACUGGAGGCUGAAAUGAAACGGCAGAAGCGUAAAAAACUGAAGAAGGAUAAGCAUAAGCACAAAUCAAAAAAGAAGUCCAAGAAGCGAAAAAAGAAGCGAGCGAAGUCAUACUCAAGCAUAGAUUCCCUAUCGGACAGCAAUCUCAAUACGUUGCUGGACAGGCAUAACCGCUACACGCCACCAACGGCCCCGAAUCGAGCCAAAAGUGCUGAGCGUACAGUUAGCGCCUCUGUGCCUUCGUACACGCCUCACAAAGACAGUCAAAGCAGUCCCAUAUCAGUGGGCACUCCGCCUGCCCGACGUCCCAAUAGCAGUAAUAACGCCUAUUAUGGCGAAGUAACCGCUGCUCCAAGCACUCCCUUAGGUAGCAGCCUGCAGGUGACGGUAACGAACAAAACCACAAACAGUCGACAUCGAUCCCCACAGUUACGUUCCGGAGGUGGAGUUGGUGGCAGCAGUAGCAGCCAGCGUUAUGCCACUUCUCCGCGCACUCCACCACAGUUGCUGAGUCACUCACAUCCAGUCACUGUUGGUGGCGCUGGGGUUGGUGGCGGAAGCAGCUCACGUGACUCGCGCAGCUCUCGUUAUGUACAGAGUCCUUUAAAAGAUGAUCAUAGAUCGAGCAAUGCGUAUACCUCUCGUUAUUCAGGUGGAUCAGUUGGUGGACAGGGCAGCAGUCUUGAUGCGAGAAAGUUGAAACGCAUCUCACCAGAGCUGGAUCGCUAUCACCAUCAACCGAGCACGCCACCGCACAAGCGACGAAAGUAUAGCGAUGGACGAGAUGCAUCUAUGUCUUCGUCUAUGGUCCCAUAUGAGCACGGCAGGCACCAUGCUGUUAAAUAUGAACGAUACAGCAGAGAUCGAUAUUCACGGAGGGUGUCCAGGAGUCCUAGUGUUCAUCGCUUGUCACGUAGUCGACUCUCACCUGGCGGAGGAGGCAUCGGAUCAGGUAACAGUAGCAUGUAUCGUCAACGAAGCAGUAGUCGACAUAAUCACAGCAAAUAUGGCGCACCUCAUUCGCCUUCGCCACCAAUGCCAACGAGGACGUCUUCCAAGCGAGGCUCAGGCAGUGGCAUGGGCAUCUCCAGUGAUCGGUAUUCCUCGCGUUCUCCACGACAAAGCUCCCGUUAUUACGAGUCAUCGCCACCGUCACCAGCGGGCGCCUCGGCCUCGACUUCACAUCACCAUCGACGAUCGCCUCGGGGUCAUCAGCAUCAUCGCAACAGUAGUCGCAAACGCUCGCCUAGCUCGGGCAGCAGUCGUAGCUCAGGCUCUUGCUCUCGUUCGCCAGCUUCGCGUGAUCUUAAGUACAAGCGCGAGAAAUAUAUCAAAAAGAUAAGCGAGACUAGCUUGUUUGCUGAGCUGGUUAAGGAUCGGCAUAAGCGGGAAAAGGCUCUUAAAGAGAUCAUCGAACGAAACGAAGAGAAUAGCAACAGCAACGGUGCUUUGACUAUCAACGAAAACAGUUCCUCGGUAGAUGGCAAUACGCCCAACGUUGCGGAGAACCGAUCAGCAUCGUACAUGGCAGCUCAAGCCUCCGCUGGUGCAACGCCAAACGGGAUUGCUGGCAGCGGUGGUGGUGGUGGUGCUAAGCCUGAUUUGGACCUGAACAACAUUCCAAUGCCAAACAAAGAUACGGAGGCAUUAAAGCUGAAUUCGACUGUUGGUACCGGAGAUGUAACAGAUGCCUCUACAGCAAUAGCCUCGCUGACCUUCAAAAUGAAUGCCAAUCAAAAACCGAAGAGUCUUACGGCCUUACCCAUGCCACCUGGCAUGACUGUAGCCGAUUUAGAGAACGCGCCAACGCCAUCUCCACCAGAUGUAGCAAGCAAGCAAGCGACGCCGAAAUCAACAAAGAAGUUUUCCCCAGACGACAAAAAUCUAAACACCAACCUUAAUGCUAAUGUCAAUAAAAGCCUUUUGAACCUGCCAAUGCCGCCAGUCAUACCGGGCAGCGAGGAGUUAAGUGGCGACGAUGAUGUCAUCGACAGUCCUGAAGACUUUGAUACACCCAGUGGCAACAGCAACAACUUAAAUGCGAGUGCGAAUGCAAAUACAUCACAUGCUGCCACCCGGCGACGACCAGUGAUACUUAAUCGGCGCGACUCGCGAAACAAUGUCAGGGAUUGGGGCGAACGAUGUGUGGAUGUGUUCGAAGUGAUUGCACAGAUUGGCGAGGGUACAUAUGGACAGGUGUACAAAGCACGCGAUCAUCAUACCAAUGAUAUGGUAGCAUUGAAAAAGGUGCGAUUGGAACACGAAAAAGAAGGUUUUCCCAUAACGGCUGUGCGCGAAAUCAAAAUAUUAAGACAACUCAAUCAUCGCAAUAUUGUGAACCUCCAUGAAAUAGUAACGGACAAACAGGACGCAGUUGAGUUUCGCAAGGACAAGGGUUCAUUCUAUCUGGUAUUUGAGUAUAUGGAUCAUGAUCUCAUGGGCCUUCUAGAAUCGGGCAUGGUUGACUUUAAUGAGGAGAACAAUGCAAGCAUUAUGAAACAGCUAUUGGAUGGCCUCAAUUACUGUCACAAGAAGAAUUUUCUGCAUCGAGACAUCAAGUGUUCCAAUAUUUUAAUGAACAAUAAGGGUAAGGUCAAGCUUGCAGACUUUGGAUUGGCCCGUUUGUACAAUGCCGAGGACCGUGAACGUCCGUAUACGAACAAAGUAAUAACACUCUGGUAUCGUCCGCCGGAGCUGCUGCUUGGCGAGGAACGUUAUGGACCGUCAAUAGACGUGUGGUCAUGUGGCUGCAUAUUGGGCGAACUGUUCCUGAAGCGCCCGCUAUUUCAGGCAAAUGCAGAAAUGGCUCAACUAGAGACAAUAUCCAAAAUAUGUGGUUCACCGAUUCCCGCUGUUUGGCCGAAUGUAAUUAAGCUGCCACUCUUUCACACGCUUAAACAAAAGAAGACACACCGUCGACGCUUGCGUGAAGAUUUCGAGUUUAUGCCAACAUCUGCGCUUGAUCUGCUUGAUAAAAUGCUUGACCUAGAUCCGGACAAGCGCAUUACUGCGGAAGAUGCACUCCGAUCACCUUGGUUGAAAAACAUCAAUCCUGAUGAAAUGCCAACACCACAAUUGCCUACAUGGCAGGAUUGUCAUGAGCUUUGGAGCAAGAAGCGGCGUCGUCAGCUACGCGAACAGCAAGAGUCGCUGCCACCAGGUGUCAUUUGCUCAGCUAAGUAUCAGCAGCACGGCGCUGCGAUGGUAGGGGAUGCCUAGCAUUUACUCUAUGCUUCAUACUACAAUGAAGAAGAGGAAGACUAUAAACAGCGAGAGGAAGUGGAGUGUGCCUGGUGGCAAAGUUAAUACCAUCUAAAAUUAUAAUCAAUUAUAAAUAGUUGGCAGGGAGACUCGCAGGCAGUUCGGGUUGACAUGCUCUACCAAAGCACUCUAUUCUUUAAGUCGUCUCUUAAACAAAAUAACUAAUUUAAGAAUAUAUUUAAAUAGUGAUGAAUUGCUAAAAAAAGAAAUCAACAGAAAACAAAA